AAGGAGAGCAGAUUCUGCAUUAACCACCGGCUCGCAAUCCUGACAGCCAUGUCUGAGCAGGAAAGAAGAGAGAUCAAUGCGUUCAUCUCUUUCUUCGCAACCUUCAACCUAGCCCGGCCAAUCACCACCGUCGCCGACCUCAGCGAUGGGGCCGCACUCUUCGAUGUUCUCGCUCUAGUAGAUGCAGAGUACUUCAGGCAGUCUAGCAGGUCCUCCACACAGCUCUCCGAUAAUUGGGUUCUCCGGUUCAGCGCACUAAAGCGUCUCUAUCGCCUCCUUACGCAGUACUUUGCUGAAGUCUUGCAGAAACCUACGAGCGGUCUCGAAGUCCCUGACUUGCAGGCGAUUGCAAAGGACCGCGAUGUCGGCGAGACGCUUAUCAUGUGUCGGAUAACGAUCGCGAUCGCGGUGCAGUGCGAGCAGAAUAAGGAGAUCAUCGCCCGAAUUCAGCAGUUGAGUGAGGGGGACCAGCAUUUUUUGAUGAAGGCUAUUGAGCAGGUGAUAAGCAAGAUCAGUGAUUCGCAGGAUAUCAGUUUUGGAGAAGCCAGCAUGACAGAAGACGAUCAUUACUACCUCAUACAGUCUGAAAGGAGCCAGAUCCUUUCAGAGAAGGAGACUGUAGAGAAGGUCUACCAGGCUCUUCUUGAAGAACACAGGACGUUACAAACAAAUUACGACGAUAUGAUAUCUGAAAAGGAUGAUGCGUUGACACGGUUACGUGAAGCACAAAGGGGCAUUGAGAGCAGACGCAAUGAUAAUGCGUAUGGAAUGAUGCGCGCCGAGGUCGAGCGCCUUCGCACUGAACUCCAAAAGAGCGAAGACAAUCUCGCCAUGGCGGAGGCCGAGCUCGACAAGCACACAUUGUUGGUGACUGACCUUACACGGCGAAUCGACGAGUUGCAGGUCAAAGCUGACGAGGCUGCGCGCCUCAAAGACCAAGUAGACGAAUAUCGCCAUGCAGCCGAUAGACUACAAAAGACAGAGAAUGUCAUGGAGAAGUAUAAGAAGAAACUCCAGGAGGGCGCUGAUCUUCGCCAACACGUCAAGUCGCUGGAGGCACAAAAUGCCGAUCUCGUCGACAAGAAUGCAGCGCUUGAGGAGGAUUACCGCAAGGUUGCCGCAUUCAGGCCACUCUUAGAAUCUUAUAAAAACCAGAUAGCCGAACUUGAAGGAAGGGUUUCAACACGCUCACAAGAUAUCGAGACAGUGAAGUUCGAGUUGGAACAAGCCCGUACGAAGUUGAAGAUUACUACCGAGGAGCGCAAGAAGGAUACCGAGAUGUUGGAGCUCUAUCAGGAACGUAUGCGCGAGAUGGAACUCACUUCGCAUCGGGCACCCACUACGUCGAAGACGCAAGCGACAGAGCCUUUGGGGAACAACGAUGAACUCACUGAAGAAGAGCUCAUGGGCAACUCGUUUGGUCUUGAUGGAGAGCUAGACGAUGCCAUUACAGGGACGACGAUGACGGAUUUGAAGUUGCAGGUGAAGAAGUUGCAAAGGGAGUUGAAAUCAGCGAAGAAGAACGAAGCCGAUACCAGCCAUAUACUUGUCCUGCAGAACCUGCUAGAAGAUGCCAAUAGGAUGAAGGCACGGUACGAAGCGGAUUACAUGACCGCACAUCGAGAAAAGCUGGUAUUGCAACGCGACCUUGAGGAAAUACGGAGUGGUAAAGCGCUAGGAGAUGGGCCAGAAGCUGCAAUUGCGUUACGACAACGUCUUAACGAGACAGUCGAUCAGUUAGAUUCUUUGCGAAAAGAGCACGCCGAGCUUGAAGUCGCUUUUGAUACUCAGGAGAGGGAGCUAACGAUUGCUAAAUCGAAUCUGAAUCUUGUAAACAAGGACCAGGUCGACAUCCUUGCAUCAUUACGAGAAUCCCUCAAGGAAGACAAGGCGGGCAUGGAAGCUGAUAUGAAUCGUUUAAAGAACCAGAUUAGGGAGCUGAACGAAAAGAAUAAGAUGCUAUUGGAGCAGGUCAAUGGGCUCCUGCUAGAAAAAGCGAACCUGCAGAGCGACGGUAUUGGUCAGAGAGACAAGAUGAUCCAGCGUGAGCGAAUCUUUGGUGACUUGCGAGCAUCGGUCUCUGGCAAAGAUGUGCCAGAAGACGUCAAGGCAAGGUUAUUAGCUUUGCAUGAAGACAACGUGGUUAUCAAGGAGCAAUUGAAGACUGCUCAAGAUAAGCUCGCCAAAGCACGGCAGUUUAUCAAGUCUCAGGACAAGCUUUUCAAGGAGGAGCAAGCCAAGCUCGGUGGCCGUUCGACGUCCUCUUUCGAAGAGGCUGAAGGAAGCUUCCAGACUCAAAUCAAAGAUUUGAAGGAGGAAGUUCAACGCGAAAGGGCGAUGCGGGUCGAUCUCGAGAAGCAACGCCGCAAAGAGCAAGCGCUGAUGUCCAGCUGCAUAUUCAACCAAGGCAUGGUGAAGCUUCGAAACGCAUCGAAUCCGUCGUCGAAAGGCAAGCCUGCUCCCACUGCAUGGCUCCCGCGACAACGAAACGCGCUUGGAUCCGGACUUGAAAGGUGAUACCUCCUCAUCACGACCGCUUGCACAUAUGAAUAGUUUUUCUGUAUCUAAUUUGGAGGAACAUACCCCAGGCUGCAUUACCUACACCUUCGUUGCACAUGCAAAGUCUUUAAUUCGUCACGGACAGUCAUAGACAAAAAAUGACAUUCAAUUUUACAAAAAAACCAAGACCCAUACUGUUUGCAAA